AUGGCUAAUGGAGGUAGUAGCCAAAUAAGAACAUCAAAUGAUGGUGAUAACAACUUGAAUAUAUCCUCAGGGGUAACCUCAUCACUGAACAUACUUGAUGACAAUAGUAAAAAGUAUUUAGACGAUUUAUUUGAUAACAUUGAAAGGAAAGAUGACAAAUUCGGGUGGUUAUUCGGUGGUUCUCCCGUGGCAGGACAUGAAUUAAAUGUUGUUGAGCAAGAAGAUGGCCAAAAUCAGUUGAUGGAAUUUCCAAUGGAUGAAGUUGCGUGGAAGCUAAUUAUUGAUUCUAAUCGCAUGUAA